UUUUGUAGUAGAUGGAAACCGGCCCGAUUUAAAGUCUUUGUAAAAGGAUGGGACUUUUUCUUAUUUGGUGGUAGGAUGGAGAAGAGAUUAAUCAAAUCAGAGGCAAAUGUGUAAAUUAAACCGCUAAUGACAAGGAUAAUACAAGAAGCAAGAAUGCAAUGAAGCGGACUCGAGAGCUGGGUCCAGAUUAAUUUCACUGUAUACAAUAAGUGAAAGUCCAGUUUAAACAAUUGUGUUAAUGGGUGCUGGACAAACAAAGCCCACGAAGUAUGCUUCGGGUGUGGCUGUAACGGCCGGAGGGGUUCCGAUCGACCUAGAAACAGUCCCCGUACGAAUUGACAAUGUCCACAUUCAGGGACUCGGACGAACGAAAGAUGACUACGUUACCCAAGCAAUCAGCGAACUCUUUAAAGCAUGUACCUUCAACGAGAUGGUAUUCAAAGCGAGCGAAGUUCAAAGAAGGUUAGAGAAGUUGGGUUGUUUUCGAAACGUAGGUAUUGUAAUUGACACGAGUAAGGGUGAAAAUGCGAGUCAGGAUGGAUAUGAGAUCAUUUACACAGUCCAAGAAAUUGGGCGAUUUGUGGGUGGAGUCAACACAAUGAUUGGGGCGAACGAAGGCUCCGUGAUAUUCGGCUGUCGUCUCCCUAAUUUGGCAGGACGUGGAGAAAGAAUUAACAUUGAACAUACCAUCGGGUCAAAUUCCAAUAAGAGUACAAUGCUCAGCUACAUGAAACCUUUGGGUGGUCUAUGGAAUUCUGACUUCACAGCGACAGCGUAUCACCACAAAAUUCCAGCGUACUGGUCCGGUUUUACCACUUUCAACACGGGGGCUCUGCUGGACCUGUCAUUCGAGUCAGCACAACGAGUGAGACAUAAUAUGCAGUAUGAGGGAACUUGGAGGCAAUUGGAGGCGUCGGGACGAACGACUUCAUUCGCAGUUAGGGAACAAAGUGGUCAUAGUUUUAAAUCAGCGAUAAGACACGUGAUGACCGUAGAUCACAGAGAUCAUCCAAUAUUCCCAUCGACGGGCGUGCUACUUAAAUUAGUCCAAGAAUAUGCGGGGUUGGGCGGAGACGUUGCGUUUGUGAAACACGACUCUGAGCUACAAGUCAAUAUUCCACUGCCUUUUGAACUGGUGCUGCAAGGAGGUGCCAGAUUUGGUGUUCUUAGACCUCUCGAUGCCCGAGUGCAAACCCAGAACGUUAGUGAUUUAUUUUUCCUUGGAGGUCCUCAAACUAUUCGAGGCUUUGAAAUGAAAAGUCUUGGAUCCAGAAGUGGCAAUGAUGCGCUUGGUGGAAAGGCGUAUUGGGCUUCCGCAUUGCAUUUAUAUUCUCCUUUACCAUUCAACCUAGGAAGGGGUGGAUUUGGUGACUUUUUCAGAGUUCAUGGUUUCAUCAAUGCUGGAAAUAUUAGUGAUUCAUCUUUCAACACGGAAGACUUUGCUCAAAGUUUUCAAGCAUUGUUGAGUAAUUUCCGGGCCUCUUACGGAAUUGGACUAGCAAUGAGACUUGGUCAAGUGGCAAGAAUAGAGCUUAACUAUUGUUGGCCAUUUAGAUACUCCAAGGGAGACAGGUUAGCCAGAGGGGUACAACUUGGUUUAGGACUCGAAUUCUUAUAGCGCUUUUAUCAUCGUCAACCCAGUCAUUUAACAGAUAAACUUAUCUACAUAUAAAUAUAUAUCUACAUAUUAUAGCCCUUGUUGAACCCAUAUAGAACACAUUUUAAAAUUCUACCAUUUGAAAUGGAAACUACAGCAAAACCCGCAUCAUCUUACGACAACCUGUUCCUUAUCCAUUAUCAUCAAUAAACCCGUCACUUUCUUCAGGGCAGCCAAAAGAAGUCAAUUUAUACAAAAUAAGUGUACACAUGUCAGUUCGAUGUGCGGAACGAAUGUAGUUUUUUAGUGUAGAGAGAAAAAGACAUUCAAAUAAAAAUACCCACAUAUGUCAAGAGAGACAAUGCGGAUAACUUGACAUGAAAUGUUGGAAGAAUCUUUAAAAGGA